CCUCUGGUUUCAGUUUCGAGCAGGAGGUCCUCGGUGGUCCAGUACCAGUAGCAGGAGGUCCAUCUGUCAUGGAGGGUCUACCUGUUGCUAUUUCUGUUACUGCGGUUCCUAUGAUUCGACCCAUCAUAGGCACGAACACCUACAGACAGGUUCAGCAGACGCUAGAAGCUCGAGCUGCUACUUUUGUUGGUCCACCCCCGACUUUUGUGGGGCCAGUCCCUCCAGUCCGUCCUCCCAUGCUGAGACCGGCCUUUGUGCCCCACAUCCUGCAGAGACCUGGCGGUCCGAGGAUGCCCAUGAUGCGUCCUACCAUGGCCCCUCCCCUCCCCCGGCCCCCUCCGCCUCCUCCCAUGAUGCUCCCUCCCAACCUGCAGCUUCAGACACCUCCAGGAGCUCCUCAGCCCAUCCAGCACAUGGCCCCUCCUGCGCCUGCCCCUCAGGUCAGGGAAAUGGUCCCGAUGGUGUCGGGCCCUCCCAUGAGGCAAGGACCCCCGCCUCCCAUCAAACCCACGCCGUCGAUCAUCCAGGCUGCUCCGACCGUGUACUCUGCCCCUCCUACUCCUGCAGGUCACAAACGGAUCGACGUCCGAGCUCAGAGACAGGCCAGAAUGGAGGAGCUGGCGGCGCGCGUCGCAGAGCAGCAGGCUGCAGUGAUCGCUGCAGGUCUGCUGGACAAGAAGGAGAGCGAGGACAGCGGCAACGUCAUCGGACCCAGCAUGCCCGAGCCUGAACCCCCCCAGCCUGAGCCUGUAGAGAGCGCCACAGAGGACAAGAAGAAAGGAAAGGGGGAGAAGGUGAAGAAGUGCAUCCGGACCGCAGCAGGAACGAGCUGGGAGGACGCCAGUCUGCUGGAGUGGGAAACAGAUGAUUUCCGUAUUUUCUGCGGCGAUCUUGGUAACGAGGUGAACGACGACAUUCUGGCUCGAGCCUUCAGCAGAUAUCCGUCUUUCCUCAAAGCGAAGGUGGUGAGAGACAAACGAACAGGAAAGACAAAAGGUUACGGCUUCGUCAGCUUCAAGGAUCCAAACGAUUACGUCCGAGCCAUGAGGGAGAUGAACGGGAAAUACGUCGGCAGUCGACCCAUCAAGCUGAGGAAGAGCAUGUGGAAGGACCGAAACAUGGAGGUGGUCCGCAAGAAACAGAAAGAGAAGAAGAAGCUGGGCCUCAGAUAGUGUGUGUGUGUCUAUGAGUGUGUAUGUGUGUAUUGCCCCCCAGUGGACAGACUGCAGCACUGCAGGAGAGCAGGACUGUUAUUUUAAUCUGUCCAAUCAGGAGACGUUCUGGAGUUGUAUAGAGUUGAAAUAUUUCUUCAUUCAAUAAAUUCAUCAUUUCUAAGUCGUUGA